UUCUAUGCCGCUGUUCACCAUCUACACGUUGCUGGGUUACUGGCCUCUAGGACCGAUCAUUUGCGAUACGUGGCUGGCCUUGGACUACCUGGCCAGUAACGCAAGCGUUUUGAACUUGCUCAUCAUCAGCUUCGAUCGGUAUUUUUCAGUGACGAGGCCGUUUUCCUACAGGGCUAAAAGGACCACCAGAAGGGCUGCUUUCAUGAUUGCAUGCGCGUGGGGUAUUAGCCUCCUGCUGUGGCCGCCUUGGAUCUACAGCUGGCCGUACAUCGAAGGUCAACGUACAGUUCCCAAAGACGAAUGUUACAUACAGUUCAUCGAAACGAACCAUUACAUCACUUUCGGGACGGCCAUCGCGGCCUUCUACUGUCCUGUCACCGUGAUGUGCUUUCUUUAUUGGCGGAUAUGGAGAGAGACGGAGAAAAGACAAAAGGACCUUCCAAACCUGCAGGCGGGGAAGAAGGACAGCAGCAAAAGAAGUAAUUCCAGUGACGAGCAGAACAACGCCUGUUCCACGGUGGAUCUGGAGGAGUGGAAGAGGCCGAGAUCCGAAUCGACAGGGGCCGAUUCCGACUCUGUCUACAUGCACGGGAACAUCGUGGAUCCGCAGCGGAGAAAAAGGCCGGUAAGUUUUCAAUUUUUACAUAUUUGUUUAAAUAUAUAA